UUUAAUCAUUCUUUAGGUGAAGCUACUAAACAUGAAUUUCAAGCAGAAACUAAAAUGCUCCUGGACAUUGUUGCCAAAUCACUUUAUUCGGAGAAAGAAGUUUUCAUUAGGGAACUCAUUUCAAAUGCAAGUGAUGCCUUAGAAAAAUUUCGAUAUGCUCACUUAUCAGGCACAGCUUCGUUAGAAGAAAGUGACAGACCAUUAGAAAUUCGAAUUGAAACAGAUAAACAAGGGAGAAUUUUGACCAUACAGGAUAAUGGAAUAGGAAUGACGAAAGAUGAACUGGUAUCAAAUUUAGGAAUUAUUGCUAGAUCCGGAUCCAAACAAUUCUUGCAACAAUUAAAAGACAAAGAGGCGAGUGGAGAUAGUAACAUAAUUGGACAGUUUGGUGUUGGUUUCUAUAGUGCUUUCAUGGUAGCUGAUAAGGUGGAAGUUUACUCUAGAGCCUCAGGCAGUGAGGGAUAUAAAUGGAGUUCAGAUGGAUCGGGAACUUAUGAAAUUCAACAAGUGGAAGGGGUUAAAUUGGGAACAAAAAUCGUCCUUCACUUAAAGACUGAAUGUAGGGAAUUUUCAGAUGAAAAUACAGUUAAAAAUAUCAUUCAGAAAUAUAGUAAUUUCAUUGGUAGUCCUAUUGUGUUGAAUGGAGAGAAAGCUAACACCGUUGAACCUUUGUGGCUGCAAAAUCCCAAAGAAAUUCCUAUGGAAAAACAUCAGGAGUUUUAUAGAUAUAUCAGCGGCAGCUAUGAUUUGCCUAGAUAUGUUUUACAUUACAAAGCAGAUGUUCCUUUAUCUAUAAGAGCUUUGAUUUAUUUCCCAGAAGGAAAACCAGGAUUAUUCGAAAUGUCCAGAGAAACGGAGACUGGCGUUGCAUUGUAUACUCGUAAAGUCCUUAUAAAAAGCAAAACAAACAAUAUUCUUCCAAAAUGGUUGCGGUUUGUUAAGGGAGUUGUGGAUUCUGAGGACAUUCCUUUGAACUUAAGUAGGGAACUUUUGCAAAACAGUGCCCUAAUAAGAAAACUUCAAACUGUUCUGACUGGUCGAGUCAUCAAGUUUUUGCAAGAACAACAGACUAAAAAACCUGAAGAAUACGAAAAGUUCUACAAUGAUUACGGUAUCUUCAUCAAGGAAGGUAUAAUAACAAAUCACGAUCAACUGGAAAAGGAAGAAGCAGCUAAACUUUUGUUGUUUGAAUCUUCUCAACUUGGAGAUGGUAAGAAAUGCACUUUGAAUGACUACAUUUCAAGAACAAAGGAGGAGAAAACGGUGUUUUAUCUGGCAGCCCCUAGUCGAGCUUUGGCCGAAGCAUCGCCUUAUUAUGAAUCUCUGAAAAAGAAACAACAGGAAGUACUGUUUUGUUUUGAACCAUACGACGAACUGGUACUUAUGCAACUUCAACAGUUCAAAGGAUAUAAAUUGAUAUCCGUUGAGAAAGAUAUGAGAGACGACAAGGAAGCUAGCGAUCUCACAAAUCUAGGCGAAGAUAGUUUGAAGAGGAGCGAAAUCAACGAAUUAUCGGAUUGGAUCAAAGAGAAGUUAUCAGGAAAGGCCACUACAGUCAAUGCCACCACUCGUCUGGAAAACCACCCUUGCGUGGUAACGGUAGAAGAGAUGGCGGCUGCCAGACAUUUCAUCAGGACGCAGAGCCAUCAGCUAUCUGAAGAAAGAAGAUACGCCAUCUUACAACCGCGUUUAGAGAUUAAUCCAAGACAUGCUAUAAUAAAAAAAUUAUACAAAUUGAUGAAGGAAAAUCCACAAUUGGCAGAACUUUUGGUGAAACAACUCUUUAUCAAUUCGAUGGUAGGAGCCGGUUUAGUCGAGGAUCCAAGGGUUCUUUUGGUGUCUAUGAAUGAUCUGCUGGAGCAAGCGUUGGAAAAGCAUUAGUUUAAUGAAUUUUGUACAUAGUUUAUUAUAAUAAAAUAAUACCGAAAU